CUGUAUCGUGCACGCCGUGGAAUUCGAGUCGCCGAUUUCCACACGACUCUUUCUUUCCUUUCUAGCUUCGGUUUAUACGUCUGCGACUCUUAGACAGUUCACUUUCAGCUGAUACGAUCAUGAGAGAAUAGAAGAUAAUUUAUAUCGUAACGCUAAUGUUUGAUCAUCAGCAGAUUAUCCGACUUCAUAAAUAACUGUAUUUAGACGAUUAACAUUUUCUAUUAAUCGAAAUCCCGAUAUCCGUCGCCAUUUGAAAUUAACCAAAUCUCAAAAAUCCUAACCGAUCCAAACUUUUUCGACUCGACAGAGCACCGAUCGCUCGGUUUACCAUCGUAGGUCGAGAUCUCUCGAUGACUCGAAUCCAGUGCACACCGUGACUCGACAGACAAGGCGUUAAAAUCGCCUGAACGAUCGACUCGACCGCUACAGGACCGAGAAAGAGCGCGAGCGAACAAAAAUGGCGGUCCUUGCAGUUACCGGAGGUGAGAACGUGACCCCAGCGCACAAUGCUCGGGGUCGACAGCUCGCGACGUGCGUUUUUCCUCACUUGCUCUCUCGUACGCUAGCUAAUGGAAUUACUCAAACGCAAUGACACAGCGAUUACAUAAUUGCGGCCCUCUCGUUGACUCCGCGCACCAGCAGCACCAUUACUCUCUUCUCUCUCUGUCCUUCUUCCUCCUUCUUCUUUCGUGUUCUUCCGUGUUUCCUCUUUCUGUUUCGCGCGUGAAGCUCGGAGAGAUUGGUCGAUUAUUCUCCGGAGACAAAUGACAUAGUCGACGAGGAGUAACGAGCGGCAACGAGACUUGUCAAACGUGUCGUUUGCCAGAGCGAUCGCUCGGUUAGGGGUCUUAGGAGAGGCAGCGCGGUAGUGACUCGUUGGAUUUCCUGGAAUCGGUUGGAAAUCGGAAACAGGAAGUUGCUUUAACGACGAUGACUCGCGUUACGGCUGACGGACGUACGUACCGAGCGAUUGUCCGAUUAUUUUUUAUUCCAAACAGAUACCAGUAUCGUUUCUGACAAUCUGUCAGCGACAACGAUAAUAAUAAUAAUUUGAACGAUAAUAAUCUACGCAAACGAAAAGAAUCGCCUGUUUCCGUUGUCGCGAAACUGAAGCUUGGCAACCGGUCUGGAAAUCUGUUUGUCAGGAAGAGAGAUCCGCAGACGGUAGCCCAGAGGCCAGCGACGUAAUAAGGUCGAUAAGUCGAAGACUCGACACGAGUAUCUCGCGAAAGAGGCCGACACCGAGAGCCGAUCGUCUGAGGUGAACGAGGUCCGGGCGUAUCUCACCGCGGGGACACCAGAAAGCCGUGAGCCGUUAUUCUCAGCAGUAUGGACAGGUCGGCGUUAAUCACGCCACGUGGACGCCCGUCCCGAAUCGUCGAUACAUCAAUGUCCAUUAAAUCCCCUUGAAUAGGUGCGACACGAUUUAUAUAGUUCGUUGCCGAUCGUGGAACCUCGUAAAUUGAACGCAUGUGAAUUUUAAUCUACAUCUACAUGGGAGAUAUAAAGUAGCAAAUUCCGAGAAAGUCUAGAAAGCAUCUGGUCUUUAAAGCACCAAAAUUUUCCAGAAAACGAUUUGCCAUAACCCUUGUUAUUCCAUCUCUCGUCCCCUCGCUCCGCUUUGCUUUUCAUUAAAACCUCGGAUCCGUUUAAAACGAUUGAUACGUCGACGGUCUGCGCUAAUCUCCAACGAGAAGCCUUCACAGCCGAAAAGAAGAGGAAAAAAGAGGAAGAACAAGAAAAAGAAGAUCCCUUUAGGAAUUUCUGCUCGGUCGUAAGUAUCGCAGUUACCGUUUCACCCUUUCCACAGGACCAUACGGUAAAAUAAAAACGGCGCAGUCGAGCCGAGACCCCUCGAACGUUCUCCCCAGGGUGCCGCGAGCGUAAAGCUUUAUGCUCGCGUUUCCAUCAUACCGGCAGCGCCGAUUACGACGUAUCGUCCGUUAAAAAUGCAUGCAAUUAGCCGGCGCCGCUUCUUAGCGCGCCAAACCCUUCCUUCUUUCUACGGUCGGGUGACAAAAUUACGAUCUACCGGGUGUCGUUAAUAUCAGCGUCCUGGAAAUACCAACGUUGCUUACGGAGAAAGAAAUUGCACGGAGAGAAGCAGAGGGGUUGAAAGAGGGCGAAAACGAUGAUCUGUGAGACAGGGAUGAGUCGAACGCGAUUUCAGCCGAGUUACGAUCGGGGGUUGCACGACUGUUUCGAAUCGAUCGACAGCCGGCAAACUUCUAACCUUGGUGUCUGGCUGUUCCACGUUAGACGAUUACCAUCUGAAUCAAAGGUAUCUAUAAAUAGAUAGAAUUAGGUGAAACGAUUUUAGGAAAGACUCGUGGUCGUGAGUAGUGGAAAUCGAAGAAGAUGUUUCAGGAACGAUCGAAUGUUUCUACUUUGUUCUGCUCUGGUUUACGAGAGCAAAUCUAAAAUUUCAUUGCAAUUUUAAAGUUCGUCGUCGUUAUAAAAACACGUACAAUUAAAUUUUGAUGAAAUUAAUCGCAAGCUGAAUUAUACUUUCAACCUUUAUUUCUUUUCGACUGUUUCUAAAUUAACUAUUAACUCGUUCAAUUUAAUUUCAAGGUUCCGGAUUUUACUUUUGUAUAGACCAAAGUUUGCGUAAAACUUGUUUACGGAUAGCGAAUAUACGUGUCACGUAUAUUUUACGCAACUGUAGAGUGGUACGUUCCGAGGCUCUAUGAGAUAACAAUUAUUCAACACGAGAAAAGAAAUAAAAGAAUACAUAAGAGAUAUCCUCUUUUGUUACAUAAAUUCCAAAAGUUGUGUAUUGUAUAACACUUGUACCAAACGCGUAUCAUUGCGUGACCUGAUAAAGCCGCGAUCUCGCGUAUCAGCGCUCGUGCGUGUUUUCGUUACGUGAGAUAUCUCAAUGUCAAACGUGCCUGAUGAGAGCGAGGGUCUCUUUAAAAAGAAGCCUCAUCGCCAAGAUCGACACAGUUCGACACCGAAGAACAAUCAGAAGAAAUGCAUCUGAAGAAAAUAUUCGCACUGUUCGUUGCGGGCCUGGCAGUAGCCCAGGCUGUCCCAACGUCGAAGACCGAAGAAACUUUGGAAAAGGAGAUCCUGAAGUUGGAAGAAGAAGUGAAGGACCUGGAGAGAUCUAAGAAGUCGGUGCUAUAUUUAAAUCAGCCUCCGACGCUCUUCCCAACUCAAACCUACAGUAUCCAGGUACCUGGGCAAUCAUCGAUGCAGACCCUAAGUAUCCAACAGCCUGAAUCUGUCCAAACCUUGAGCAUUCAAGGCAAUGGUCAACCAGGUCAGCUCCUCAACAUUCAAUCAGCGCCACAGGUUGCCGAAACCAUUAGCAUUCAAUCUAAUGGUCAACCAGCUCAGCUUCUUAACAUCCAAUCGGUGCCACAGGCUGUUGAAACCGUAAGCAUUCAAGCUAAUGGCCAACAAACUCAACUUUUCAAUAUCCAACCGGCACCACAAACUGUUGAAACGCUCAGCAUUCAACAACCUGCUCAAACCUUCAGUAUCCAAGCCAAUGGACUACCAAACCAGCUCCUUAAUAUCCAAUCCGUACCGCAAGCUGUCGAAACUCUCAGCAUCCAACAACCAGUUCAAACCUUGAGUAUCCAAGCCAAUGGUCAGCCAACUAAACUUUUCAAUAUUCAGCCCGUCCCACAAACUGUCGAAACUCUUAGUAUUCAAUCCAAUGGCCAACCAGCUCAGCUCCUCAAUAUUCAAUCGGGACCACAAACUGUCGAAACUCUCAGCAUCCAGUCCAAUCCUCAACAGCCUGCAGUCCUCAAUAUCCAAUCUGGAGCGCAAUCUGUCGAAACUCUCAGCAUCCAGCCAGCAGGACAGCCUGUUCAAACUCUGAGCUUUAUCCAGGGACAACCUAGCGCCACCGUGAUCGCUCAGCCGAGUUCGUCAUUCACGGAGAUCAUUCAAUCGGCUCAACCUGUGCCGGCGCAAACCAACGUGAACAUCGUUCAACAACCUUCGGUUUCGGUCAAGGAAUCUGUGGUGGUGUCAAACGAUCCAGUCGUCGAAACAAUCACCCGGGAAGUUGUCAAGCCCGUGGCGGAAGAAAUCAUCGUUUCGCCAGUGCAAAAUGAAGUAGUCAUGGACGUUGCUUCGGUGGUACCAACUUACAGAGAGCAGGUGGUCGUUUCGCCAUCCAACUCUUUUUUCAUGAUGUCGGAUCCGGAGAUGCUGUCCUACGUGAAUGUACCUCAAAUGCAGUUCUACAACCCAAGAGUUCUGACAGCAGUGAGGCCUGCGAACCUGGUGAUAGAGGAACCAAUGCGCGUAGUAAAGGAGAGCGUAGUCGACACCAUGCAAAGCAGAAUGUUGGGCGGCCGUGUGACCGAGUCAGUGGUCUCGCGCGUAUUCUAAAAUGUAGGUUCACGUGAUUCGAGAAAUAAUCCAACGAUUUAACACUCGCACUGACGCGACCCGUACAUAUCGUAGACUUUUUGAUUUAGAGACGCGAAAUAUACGAGAAAUACGUCGGAAUAAUGUAAACGAUGUUCGUGCCAGUGUUAAUGACCACUUUUUGUAUUCCACGAGCAAAGAUAUAAUUGCUGAUCAUUAAUUGUAAUUCAUCGUUUUGGUUGACAGGUGUAAUACAGCAACUAUGGGAUCAGGGGUUAGACAUCAUAAUAGACGUAAUUGAUAGAAUAAUAUACAUGUUAUAUAUUACU